AUGGCGAGGUUCCUGUUGGCCCUCGUAGGGCUGUUGUGCUGGUCCGCAAGCCGGCACAGGAGCGCGUCGGGGACCACCUCCAACAAUGGCAGCGAUGGCAUGUACGUCUCCCACGCGCAUUCGUUUAACUCGCCCUUCACUGUAAACGACCUGAACAACGGAUGGGUACUUAACUACUCAACGGCCAGCACAAACAAGUACCUGGUCCUCAUCCCAAAUGUGUACAAUCGAAGAGGAUUCCUCUACCACAGCAAGCCAAUCCCCUCGGACACCCUCAACGUCGAAUUCAGUUUCCACAUAAAGAAGCAAUUCUACAAGGAGCAUAUAGACGAUAGCUACUACAAAAAGAACCAGGUAAAGGAAACAGAUUAUAAAAUAUCCACUGAGGAAAAGAACAAAAUAAAUGGCUUCGCCUUUUGGCUUCUACCGAACGAGUUUUCCCUCCACAGUGUAAAUACUGAAGGGGGGGUCCCACUUGAAGAAGAUCAAUAUGGACUGUAUGGAUUUAAGGAAGAUUUUAACGGCAUCGGGGUGGGGUUCCAAUUACGUGGAAACGAUUUAGUUCUAUCUGGAUUAAUUAACAAUGGAAAGAGAAAGCUAAACGUGAAAGACAACACUACAAAGAGUUAUCGCCUGAGCCUACUGAGCAUGGAUGAGCUAAUCUAUGUAAAGAUAACGACACGGAAAAAUGAAAUGCGUGUUUAUUUGUUCAAUGGGAGAAACAACAGCUAUAUUCACAGCUUAACGGUGAAGAAGCAGAUACCCAAGGAGAAUUACCUCGGGUUCAGUGCCUUUAAUUAUAAAGAGAAUGAACAACUGACCAACACCAAUGCAGAGAAGUAUGUACCCACCUUUGUAGGCAUCACACAUGUUUCAAUCUCUUUUAGCGACAUUUUCCCUGAAGCCGAGCAAGGACAACAGUACUCCGGAGAAGAAACAGACUCAAUGGAUGGAAACGCAGAGGAGCACUUGUGGAACAGCUCCAUUGAUAAUACCCUUAACGGACUGGACUCCAGUCAUCUCAGCCAAGCGGAAGUGUUGAAGUCCCUAGCCGCUACGCUGCAAAAAUUCAUGUCGUACCAAAAAAGUAGCGAAAAAAAAAUCCUGCAAAGCCUUAACAUGCUGCAGGAGAGUGUCCAGUUUCUACAUGCAGAUUUAAAACAAGUGAAAAAAAAUCUUGUGAACAAAUCGGAAGAUCCAAAACACUUUCAAAAAAUCUUCACGACCGAGUUGAGUGGCCUCAAAAGCUUAUUUCAUUCACAUGCACAGCAUAGCAGGAAGAAUAUCGAAGACAUCACGGAUAGGCUGACAAAACGGAUUAAUGAGAACCAGGAACUGAAGCUCCUCGCGGAGAAGGCCCAGAAGCUGGAGACCAUCAUCAGCAAGGGGAACAGCACGUCGUACCUUUUUGCCUUUUCCUUUGCUGUCCUCAUCAUUUUGACCCUCAUUUUGAUUUACAAAAAGAUUAGGGACGUUGAGAAGAAGCAUAUUUUGUGA